CUUGGUUAUUGCUUACUUUUCAGGGGUAAUCAUGGCUCUCAGUACUGCAUUGUUUGGGCUUUACUUUAAAAUGGUCCUUCCAAAUCGAAACAACUCAUCAAAUCCUGAUGUAUGGUUCACUCUAAAUUCAGCAUCCCCAGGAACAGAAAGCAGCGUAUCCUGGCUUGCAGUACUGAGCCUAGGGCUCUUUGUUGCUGGUUUUGCCCUUGGCUGGGGUCCUGUUCCAUGGCUGGUGAUAUCUGAAAUCUUCCCACUUAAAGCUAGAGGCAUAUUGAGUGGUGCUUGUGUGUUAACAAACUGGGUUAUGGCCUUCUUGGUAACCAAAGAAUUUCAUGAUUUUAUAGGUUUCUUAACAUCCUAUGGCACGUUCUGGCUCUUCUCUGCCUUCUGCUGCCUCAAUGUAACUUUUACAGCCUUUUAUGUUCCUGAAACAAAAAGACAGACCCUGGAACAAAUUGAGGCCUACUUCAGAAGAUCUUAAGCCUAAGGCUUUUUAUAUUGAUAUGAAACCU